GCCAAGUGCCUGCGCAGCGCCGCGCACGAGACUUUCAACUGGGAGAAGCACCGGAUGAUGCUCGAGUACCUUGGCAGCCCCGAGAAUUUCUCGCACGUCAUGGUGCUCGACGCCGACGCCGCCCUGGUGCACCACGCGCACGACUUCCUCCUCACGAACGAAGACUGGAUGGGCCCUGGCGCCGGGGCGAGCCGCAUCAACGGCGGAAUGCUCUUCGCGGCCAACACACCCUUCACCAAGGCCCUAUUCGAGGACAUGCUGGACGCACACCUCCUCGAGGAGGGCAACCAGCAGCCCCGGCUCGGGGGUGCGCUGUUGAAGUGCCACAGCAACGAGCAGCUCUGCCUCAACGCGCUGCAGAAGCGCCCCGCGUUCGCCUCGAGGACGGGGGCCAACGCAAGCCCGCCGACCAGGACGCUCCUCACGAGCGGCAUCCGGUUCAACCGAGGCGGCUGCGUGCUCACGAGGUGCGGCAACGGCAAGGGAGACCCCGACCUGCAGAUGAAGAGCGCAGGCCUGAGAGACCCGACGCUGGAGAUCAUGCAUUUCGUCGGCAACAGCAAGUACGUGGCGCCGAGGGCGAUGUGCGAGGAGGGCCACGACCUCACCGGCGGGGGCCCAGACGGCUACGGGUGCGCGGAGUGA